UGGUGAAAUCAAGGACGGAGUGUCUUAAAAAGUUGUGAGAUGACAGCGAUCAUCACAGUGGUGUCCUCAGUUCUGCUGCUGGUGCUGAUGCAGUCCGGCUCUCUUUGCGCACGGAGGUUCCGCGGCGGCCGCAACCCGCAACCGCGACGCGCGCCGCCUCCGCCCACGUACCGGGCGGACCGGAGCGAGACCACGGAGAGCUUCCCCCUGGAUUUCACGGCGGUGGAGGAGAACAUGGAUAACUUCAUGACGCAGGUGAAGAACCUGGCGCAGUCCCUCUACCCGUGCUCGGCGCAGAAGCUCGACUACGACAUGAGGCUGAACUUUUUGGAGAAUACAUCAGUCACCUGCAACGACGGGAGUCCCGCUGGGUAUUACCUAAAAGAAUCUCGGGGCAGCAGACGGUGGUUGAUAUUCCUUGAGGGUGGCUGGUAUUGCUUCAACAAGGAGAACUGCGACGGCAGAUAUGAGACCAUGAGGAGACUGAUGAGCUCAUCCAAGUGGCCCCAAACAAAAACAGGCACGGGGAUCCUGUCUCCGCUGCCGGAGGAAAACCCUCACUGGUGGAAUGCAAACAUGGUGUUUAUCCCAUACUGCUCCAGCGACGUGUGGAGUGGCGCGACAGCAAAAACAGAACAGAAUGGUUAUGCCUUCAUGGGCUCGCUGAUAAUUCAAGAGGUUGUGAAAGACCUGCUGAGCAAAGGACUGGACAAUGCCAAGGUCCUCUUGUUAGCAGGAAGCAGCGCCGGUGGUACUGGAGUACUUCUGAAUGUAGAUCGCGUCGCUGAGCUGCUGGACGGACUUGGGCACACGGGGAUACAGGUGCGGGGCCUCUCUGAUUCAGGCUGGUUCCUGGACAACAAGCAGUACCAGUGCACGGACUGCGUGGACACUGUGGGCUGUUCCCCCACCGAAACCAUCAAAAGAGGCAUCAAGUACUGGGGAGGGGUGAUGCCAGAGAGGUGCAGACAAGCCCAUGAGGGAGAGGAGUGGAACUGCUUCUUCGGAUACAGAGUCUUCCCAUCAAUUAAAAGCCCAGUGUUUGUGGUCCAGUGGCUGUUUGAUGAGGCCCAGUUGACAGUGGACAACAUCCAGCUGACAGGGCAGCCUGUGCAGGAAGGCCAGUGGCGCUACAUCGAGAACCUGGGCAUUGAGCUGAGGAAUACACUCAAAGAUGUCCCAGCUAUGUUUGCUCCAGCAUGCCUAUCACAUGAAGUUAUCACCAAAAGCUAUUGGAUUGACGUGCAGGUCAAAGGCACCUCUUUGCCCCGGGCGCUUCACUGCUGGGACCGCAGCUUCCAGGACGGCAGGAACAACAAGGCUCCGCCCAAAGCCUGCCCCAUGCACCUGAUCGAUAGCUGCCCGUGGCCCCACUGCAACCCCACCUGCCCGACCAUCCGAGACCAGUUCACAGGACAAGAGAUGAACGUUAUUCAGUUCCUCAUGCACAUGGGCUUCGACGUGCAGAAGAUGGCCCAGCAGCAGGGCAUGGACCCCAGCAAGCUACUGGGCAUGCUCAGCAGUGGCAGCUAAAGGGCUCCCAUACAUAUGCACGCCCAUAUGUACACACACUAAGCUAAAGCCAAGCAGAGCUGGCCAGUCUCUCCGGCCAGUUCCCGUGACUGAUACCUCCAACCUCCCAUCCCACUUCACAACCCAUUCUACCUAACAUCCAAUCACCUCUAACCUCCCGAUCACUUCAGUCCAAACUUCUCACUGCCCAAGUGCUUUGAUUUUAUCCCUUUUUCUCUCAUAAAAAUAAAGGUUUCCCACGUCUCAGUGUUAAGGGACAACUCUCUGCCACUCCCCCUUUAAAUUAUAUAUUUUUUGUAAAACACAAAUCUUGAAUGUAAUCCAGUUUUAAGGAUGCUAAUUGAUAUUUUGUUGUGAUUACUUCCACCCUCCCUUAUAGAUUAGAUAAAGUCAAAGCUAUGAAAAAAAAGAAGAAAGAAACAAUGCCACAAUGAUGUGUGGAAACUGUUUCUACAAGCGGUCAGUAUCGAGUCUUUGACAUAAGAAAUCAGGAAAGCAUGAAAAACAGCAAGUGGCAGCUGCUUUCCUUGCUGCUGAAAGCAUCUACAAUGAAAAAUAAACAUGCAGAUAAUGUCUACAAUUAUGUGGCAAUAGAAAAAGGCCCCUGUAGGCAGGCAUAUUUUUAGUUUUGACGAUACUGAAGAUGUUAUCCAGUUUAGUCGUAUUUUGAGAUGGUGCUAAAGUGGACCUGGUAAUGCUUUUUCCACACCAAAGGGCCAUUACACCUCGUCUAUACCACCUCCUCACAGGCUGUGACAUAAAACCUUCCCAGACGAUUUAUGUCAGCUGACCUCAGCAGCUCAGCAGUCCUCAGAUUCAAUGCAAUGAACAUUUAAAGGGAGUCAGUUAUUGUGUAUUGUAUAUUUUUUGAGUAUUUGUAUAGGUUCUUUCAAGUGUUCACCCUUGUAACUUCCUUAUAUUUCAUUAUAGAGAUUUUUUUAAUAUAAUGACAACGUUGUAUGUAAUGAUGUCUUUAUAAAUGAUGUUUUUAAAGGAGCUCUAUUUCGCAUCACACCAGAAAAGGAGAAGUAUUGCUAACUGUAAUUUUAUUCUGUAACAUAUUUUUUGACAGAAAGAAAAUCUCAAGCUGCAUUGGUAAUUUACAUAUUUAUUUUCUUAUGUAAAUCAUAUUUAUAAGUGCUAUUUUCACAGAGAAGUGAUUCUUUGUAAAUUGUAAAUACAUUGCUGUUUUUUCUCUUUGUGUUGAUUGCAUGUCUUUGUAUGGGACCUGAAAGGAAAAAAAGCAUUACAUAUACUACAAGGUACAGUAAUUGUUUUGCCCAGACUUGUUAUUUAUAAUAAUUGAUUAUUACUGCUGAUAAGGUCGGCAGCAUCAGUAUGGGUGAACUGAACACUGACAUAUUAUAUAUUAGAAUCCUAAAAUCAGUGCAAAAGAGGUUUGAUGGAGGUUUGCUUUCUUUAGGAAGUAUGUGAGUGUACCAUUUGUAUAAAUACAAAUGUGAGAGGAAAAGAAAAUAUGCAAUAAUAGAAGUAGGAGAAGAAAAAAUACAGAUCCAAUUACAAUUGAAUAUCCAUCAAAUAUCCAUUGAAAAAAGAUAAAAAUAAGUAUGUUACUCUUCUAAAAUAGUUCCAGAGUUAGUGUAAUGAAUUUAAGAACAAAUCAAAAGGAUAAGCAAGUUGUAACGCAUUCAUGGACUAAAAACAAAUGUUGCUUGUAUUUAAGGAGCCUAAAUGAUGCAGAACUGUUCAAUGCGAAAUGUGCCCCAUUUCUGACCUUUGUUUAACUUUGCCCUGUCUGCGAAGUCAGUGUGUUUAUUUUAAGUGGACUCAACACGUACAAUUUCACUUAAAUAUACUCUCCCAAACCUUUAAAAGCUAGCUUCGAUGAAAGGAAACAUGAGAAGGGCCUAUUUAUUUUUUUAAACUAAAAUCUAAGAAUAGAACCAUCUCUAUUUGUGACAGC